CCAUGGAAACAACAGCAGACCAGCAGACACCCCCCACUGCUGUUGUAAUGAAGCGGCUUCCGGGCAACAUGUACCAGCUGUAAACAUGGCGGAGGAGAUACUGGAAGCAGUCGAGAAGUUGCAGUUAAGGCUUGCAGAAAAUCAAGAGCCUCGCAAGCUUCUUAAAACUCUCAAAAGGCUGGGAGAGCUGCCCAUAACAGUAGACAUCCUGGUGGAAACGGGUGUUGGAAAGACUGUAAAUUCCCUUCGCAAACAUGAAGUUGCUGGGGAGGCCGCAAAGAACCUUGUGGCCAAGUGGAAAAAGUUGGUUCCAGAGAGGUCUGCAGACAGACCAAGUGUAAAGGAGGGGCAUUCCCACUCACACAUUAAUGAGCCUGGAGGGCACAAACGAGUCAGGGAGCAGUCUCAAGAGGAACCUCAACUUAUGGAGGAUGAACACCAGGAGGAGGAAUACCAACAUGGAUACUCCCCCUCCCCCCCGCAGCACUACAGCUCACAGUACAGGCACAGCAACGCAAGGGAGUAUCAGUCAGACGAGUAUGAAAGCCCUCCAGAGCAGGAGCCGGAGCUGGAGCCCAGUCCCCCACAAAAUGACAUUAGACCACACAAAGAGCCAAUCAGAGAGCACAGUUCUCAUGAUGUCCGGGAACAGGAGAGACAGAAGCACCGAGCACUGGCAGCGGGUGUCAGCAGCACACGUAGAGCCGACAGAGAGCAACAGGGUGGAACGAAUCACAAAUCGAAACAUGAUCGGUAUAAAACCUCACAUGAAGGAAAGAGAGAAAAGAAAAAAGGAAGUGAUGGAAAAUCAAAGGAGAGAAGAGAAGUUCCAGAGCAAGUGGACGAGGAUGAGGAGCCAUUUGAGGCUCCCACCAUGUCUUUUGAAUCCUUUCUCACAUACGACGCUCCGACCCCAAGUAAAAAAAAGAAAAAGCAGCCCUCGCGACCCACUCAGCCUCCUGCCCCUGUUCCAUCUGUUUCCUCUAAGUCUAGCAAAGCCAAUGGGACCAGCAGUAAACGUUCCAAGCCAUCCUCCUCCUCUAUGACCAUGCCCACUGUUUCAGAGAAACGCAAGAAGGUUGUGGAUUUGGUUCCCACUCUUCCUGAUAUUCCUUUGCCGGCCAUUCAGACUUACAGACCCCUGCCCUCCAUUGAUCUUACUCCACUGUCCCCCCAGAAACGCAAAGUCCCUGUGUUAUACGAUGAAGAAGGUGCUGGCUGCAUAGGCCGACGGCUUAACUCGAAAAUGGUGGUGUACUCUGGCUCAAAGACGGCAUACUUACCAAAAAUGAUGAGUCUGUAUGAACAGUGCAUUAGAGUCCUCCAGAACAACAUUGAUUCAAUCGAUGAAGUGGGUGGAGUACCAUAUGAGAUUCUGGAACCAGUUCUGGAGAGAUGCACUCCUGAGCAGCUUUAUCGGAUUGAGCAAUGUAAUCAGUAUUUUACAGAAGACUCCGAUGAUCUGUGGAUGAGACACUGUCAGCGGGAUUUUAAGCACGAAGCUCCUCAGGAGUUUGAGUCUUGGAGGGAACUGUAUCUCCGGCUCCAUGAGGAACGAGAAGAGCGUCUGCGCAAGCUCACGAUGAACAUCAGUUCUGCCCAUGCAAACAAACCUAAAGGGCGGCAGGUUAAAAUGGCAUUUGUCAACUCUGUUGCUAAACCGCCACGUGAUGUCCGCCGGAGACAGGAGAAGUUUGGCACUAAAAAUGGAUCUCCCAGCACAAGCGCUGCUACUGUUGCUCCCUCUCCCAAGAUUAGACCAGCAUCAAACUACAGCUCACUUAUCAAGCCCAUUGAUGUUGGCCAGUCAUCUUACAGCAGUCCCCCUGAAUCGUCGUCUCGCUCCUCGCCCCCCACCCCCAACAGUGCUGGUGGCCACAAUGCCAGAGAAAAAACACAGGUCAAAAAAAUUGCCCCCAUGAUGGCUAAGACUAUCAAAGCAUUCAAGAACAGAUUUUCCCGGCGGUAAAGGGAAGAAAACGGCAAUAGUUUUUGAGGGAAUGAGAGAAGAGACUGAGACUGGAGGAGGAAACCUUUUUUUUGCUGUAAUGCUUCAUAGGAAAUGUGCAAUGCCCUCUCACCUCUUAUGUUUUUAUGCUUACAGUAUUAUCAAUACAGCUCACUGGAAGCAAUCACACCACCAACACUUAAAGGUACACUCUGUAUUUUUUCUGUUUAUGCUGUGCUGGCCAAGCUGGCAGUCGUCUUAGACUUUUAGUUUUUAACAGAUGCCUGCUAUUCACAGCUAGCCAUGAAUUUUUUAUCCUGUGAGAGAAAGUAUCCAUUAAUGGGGAGGUUACUGAGAUAAAGUGAGUAGUAUUCCAUUGUUCAUGUGAUCUCAACAUGAGGCCACCCUUUUAUUAGGCUACUGAUAUAACUGGAUUCUUCAUCUCAUGCGAGUAUACAUGAUUUUAAACAUAUUUUUCAAAUGUACUAUUCAUUUCCUUGUGUAAACCUUUUAAUGAGGAAAAGAUUGCCGAGUCCACCUUCAAUUAUGUCAUAGCAUUACCAUCAUGCUCAGAUGAACACAUAAUGAAAACAAUUUUUACACUACAUAUUACCAUGAGACACCAGAAUCACUGUUUUAUGUUUAUUUAACUGCUUACUGCUUUAACAAUUUCAUUGUCAUGGAACGGAAUAUAUGAUCAUAUGGCAAAGUGAGAGGAUGAAUGAGAUGUGAAAUGUUCAAGGACUCUUCCACACCAUAUUUAUUUUAAAAUCAAUGGACCUGACAGCCCUGGACCUUGCCUUGAAUGAAAGAUCAAGAAGUCAUUUUAAUAGAUUUUAAGUGUUCUAUUGACAUUUUUAAUAAAAUCCAUGUGUUGCUCUCUCUUUUUUUUUUUAUUUAUGACUAGACGCUCAUUUGUUGUCUUUCGGCUCAAUUAAGCUAUUAAAAAAUACAUUAAAAAUGCAAUUCACACAAAACAAUUACCUGAAUACACCUCUACUAAUGUCUUCAAUUUCUGAGUUCAAAGUUAUUUUGAUAUUUUUGGGGGGCUUAAAGGAAUAGUUCACCCAAAAAUGAAAAUCCUCUCAUCAUUUACUCACCCUCAUGCCAUUCCAGAUGUGCAUGACUUAUGCUGAACAAAAAUGAAGAUUUUUAGAAGAAUAUUUCAGCUCUGUAGGUCCAUAGUAAUACAAGUGAAUGGGUGCCAAAACGUUGAAGCUCCAAAAUCCACAUAAGGGCAACAUAAAAGUACUCCAUACAACUCAGGUGGUUAAAUCCAUGUCUUAAGUGAUAUGAUAUCCUUUUUCUCCUUCUGUUUUUGGUGAUUCACAAUCUUUAAUGUGCAUAUGCCACCUACUGGGCAAUGAGGAGAAUUUAUGAUUAAAAAAAAAGGACUUCGAUAUUUAUCUGUUUCUCACCCACACCUAUCAUAUCAUGUCUGAACACAGAUUUAACCACUGGAGUCAUAUCGAUUACUUUUAUGCUCCCUUUAUGUGGAUUUUGACACCCAUUCCCUUGCAUUGUAUACCCUUGCUACAGAGCUGAAAUAUUCUUCUAAAAAUCUUAUUUUGUGUUCUGCAGAAGAAAGUCAUAAACAUCUUGUAGGGUGAGUAAAUUAUGAGAGAAUUUUUAUUUUUGGUUGAACUCCCUUUAAGUCUAUUUUCACUCUAAAUCUCCACUUUAACAUUUCCUUUCAGAUGUGAAAUCAGAUUUUUGCAUAACAUAAAAUACAU